AUGGCUGAGCCAAUGGAGCGCACCAAGAGCUCGGGCGAGGAGACCGCCUCGGUGGUCGUCGUCAGCCGCCCCGAGUCGGACACCGGCAAGGGGGAGAACUCUACAGCCACAGAGAUCACCACAGAGGAGACCUCGGAGGAGGCUGCGACAGAAGAGGGCGAAGACAAGAAGGGCGACGACGAGGAGAAGAAGGAAGACAAGGUGCUUGUGGGCACCAUUGCGGACAGCAUCGAUCUCUACGCAAAGUACGACGAGAACGGUGAUCGCUCAUGGUCGUCCACGCCCCCUGAUGGCAUCGAGGAGGCGGCCGAGAAUGAGGAGACGGCCAAGUACGCCAUUCUCGCGCGCAAAAAGAAGCCCAAGGAGAGUGACUCCAAGAACCUGGUGCUCGACAGCAUCGUCGUGCAGUCACCAUACCUCAAGACUGUGCUCACAGCCAUCUUUGACGAAUACCCCGGCAUCACGACGCGGGUGUCUCGUCUGACGUUCCACGCACCCUUUGAGUGCUUCGUGCACCGAUGGGACGCCUUUGUCGCGGCCAAGGACGAUGCCCAGUACGACGAGAAGACGCGCGAGCACAUUGCCUUUCUCCACAAGGUCAUGCACAAUGAGCUACAGGAGACCAUUCGCCUGCGCCAGGACUACUUCGAGCAGAAGGUGGUUUCGUGGGACCACGUCUGGACACUCUUCCCUCCGGGGUGCUACGUCCUGGGGUCCAAGGCUGGGCGACCCGUCGCCGCGCGCUUUGACGACGGCGGCUACAUCCGAACGCAAUGUGGAAAAGAGUACCACCUCAACGCGCAGUGCAUCGACUGGGACGGCAGCAAUAUGGGCUGGACCGACUGCGACCAGCGCAUCCCACAGUACCGGGGCGUGCGUCCCUUUCACGAGCUGCCAUGCUACCCGAUCGACUACCACCCCGAGCCAGACAAGAUCAAGGAGGUCCUGAGAGCCCGGGGCCGGGUGUUUGAGAGCUUUGCCGGGUUUCACUACAAGUUCUACAAUGGGCCCGCGCUGUACCACCCAGAAACCAACCCAGCCAAGACACGCAUAGAGACGGUGCAGUCGAGGAUUGUCAUUGACGGGCAAAACUGGGAGAAGAGCAACCCGGAAAACAUGGUGAUGCUCAACACCGUCCUCCACUUCAGCACAAUGGCGGUCAGCCGACGCAACAGCAUUUCGAGUGAUGCGAGCGGCGGCAGUGGCUACGAAGCCCGAGGGGAGAAGCAGCCAGGCGCUGCUGCUGACGAUGAGGUGUCUCUCGCGCCCAUGGCGGAUGACGAGCUGCUCCUGUGCUCCCCCAUUGUCCGAGGCUACUCACUCACCAACAAGCGAUGGAUGGAGUUUUUUGUGGACAAGAUUGGCGAGAUUGAGUUCAACGACAAGGCGUUCGACUCGCUGGUGCUGCAGGAGGAGCACAAGGAGCUGAUCCUGGCCUUUGCCCAGAGCCAGGUCAGGUACAAGCACGCCUUUGACGACAUCAUCUCGGGCAAGGGCAAGGGGAUCAUCAUGCUGCUGUCGGGCGGCCCCGGCAUCGGCAAGACGCUGACGGCCGAGUCGGUGGCCGAGGAGAUGCGCGUGCCGCUGUACAUUAUGAGCGCGGGCGACCUGGGCACCGAGGCCCACGAGGUGGAAGCGAACCUGAGCGCCAUCCUGGGCAUGGUGGCCGACUGGAACGCGGUGCUGCUGCUGGACGAGUGCGACGUCUUCCUCGAGGCGCGCACGGCCCAGGACAUGGAGCGCAACCGCAUCGUGGGCAUCUUCUUGCGCCUGCUCGAGUACUACCAGGGUUGCCUCUUUCUCACGACGAACCGCGUCCAGUCCAUGGACCCGGCGUUCCAGUCGCGCAUCCACCUCGCCAUCGAGUACCCGCCCCUCGACGAGGCGUCUCGCGUCGCCAUUUGGAGGGGUUUCCUCGGCCGCACCGUGUCGCUCCGCCGGGGGCAGCAGGGGGAUGACGCCCACGAGGUCACUGCGGACGAGAUGGCCCGGCUGAGCAGGCUGGAGCUGAACGGGCGGCAGAUCAAGAAUGUGCUCAAGAUGGCCAACUUGCUCAGCUGCCAGAAGGAGGAGAAGCUCAGGUUUGAGCAUAUUAGAAAGGUCCUCAAGGUGGAGGGGCGUUCGCUGUAG